GGCGGCUAUUUCCCUUCUGGAGUUGCUGUCGCGAGACUUCUGGAAGAGGCCAGAAAUAUCGUUUGAUUGCAGACCAGCAGCCGCACCUUGGGUGGUUCCGUCUGAGCGGCCGCGCGCAAGACUUGUCGGAACAGCUCGCGGCUGCCGCCCGACCACCGCCUGCUCAGGUCGAAGACGUCGGUGCAGAUUUCCGACCCACGUCUCCCUGGCCUCCGGUUGAGGACGGAUCUGCGAGGGAGGACUUUUAG